AGUCCAGAGCGCAAAACGCACUUCUUCUGAUGCGACCGGAGGGCGUAAAAGUAGCAGUUCUACCAACCCUUACGCGACCACCCUCUCCCACUCCGGCUGCCCCUCGAAUCCAACUUUCCUGAGCGGGAGUUUGUGAAUAUCUCCCUGGGACUCAUCCAGCCAUGGACGCAUCAAGACUCUUAACGCUAUAUUUGGGGCUGCUCCUUUCUUUCCUUGGGAAUAUACCGUGUUUCCAGUCCGCUGCUAUCAUCUCUCCCUCUGCGCUGAGGAGAAACCGGGGAGCCCGGAUCUCUCAUCGGGACGGACAAAGGUCAUCCAAGAUCCUAAAAGACAUCCUCGCGUCCACGCACCCUGUCGUGGGCCAUCACAGGGACGACCUAAAGGACGCUAUUGUGCCCCACGAAUACAUGCUCUCCAUAUACAGGACAUACUCGGCUGCAGAGAAGCUCGGACUAAACGCAAGCUUUUUCCGCUCCUCUAAAUCUGCCAACACCAUAACAAGCUUUGUGGACAGAGGAACAGACGAUCUUUUGCACUCUCCUCUGCGAAGACAAAAGUAUCUGUUUGAUGUCUCAACCCUUUCAGACAAAGAGGAGCUGGUCGGGGCGGAAUUAAGGAUAUUUAGGAGAGCGCCCGGGAAUCUGGAGACGACGGGCCUCUACGACAUCCAGCUCUACCCCUGCCGCUCGGACAGAUUGUUGGACUCCCGGUCUCUGGACCCGCUGGACUCCACCAAGGCCGGCUGGGAAGUGUUGGACGCCUGGGACAUGUUCAAAGCGAACCCGCAUCAUUACCACCACCCCCAUCAGCAGAAGCAGCAGCAGCAGCAACACUUCCAGCAGGGCAACCAGCUCUGCUUCCAGCUCCGCGUCACUCUGCGCAAGUCAGACACCGAGCUGGACCUGAGGCAGCUGGGGCUGGACAGGAGCGGCCGGUCCCAGCAGGAGAAGGCCAUCCUGGUAGCCUACACGCGCUCCAAGAAGAGGGAGAACCUGUUCAAUGAGAUGAAGGAGAAGAUAAAGUCGCGCAGGACGUUAGGCGAGAAGGAGGAGGGGGUGGCAGCGAAGGCGCCAGGGGCGACGGAGGAGGAGGAGGGGGUAUCGCUGAAGGGGGUCAAAGGGGAGGGCCCCCGGCGGCGGCGGAGGACCGCGCUGGGCAACCGGCACGGCAAGAGGCACGGGAAGAAAUCCAAAUCCAGGUGCAGCAAAAAGGCGCUGCAUGUGAAUUUCAAGGAGCUGCGCUGGGACGACUGGAUCAUCGCACCCCUGGAUUACGAGGCGUACCACUGCGAGGGGGUGUGCGACUUCCCUCUGAGGUCGCACCUCGAGCCGACCAACCACGCCAUCAUACAGACGCUCAUGAACUCCAUGGACCCCAACAGCACCCCGCCCAGCUGCUGCGUCCCCACCAAACUCAGCCCCAUCAGCAUCCUGUACAUAGACUCCGGCAACAACGUGGUGUACAAACAGUACGAGGACAUGGUGGUGGAGCAGUGUGGAUGCAGGUAGCGGUCCCGAUGGACGAAACAACACCCCCCCCCCGCCAAAAAAAGAUCCAAGAUGAGUCUCGAUGGGUCCCAGAUUGAAGACAUAGAGCCCUCGCAGGUGUGGAAUUCCUUCGACUCGUGACGCGCCUCUUGUUUGUUCAAAAGGGAUGCACACAGAGGCGAUGCCUGCUAUUUAUUCAGCCUAUUACAGUCACAGUAGUUCACACUCUCCGCCUCAACGUGUUACUCCUCCCGUCCCACCCACGCAACAACGUCGUCGCUCAUCAAACAGGCCUUUGUUCCGAGGGGGCUGGAUUCCUACAUGGCGAGAUGAUGCGGUGCACAUCGAGUCCGGCCGCGCACCUGUUCGUGCCGAGGCCAGAGGACAGCGGGCUUUUGCCUUUCAGCGCUUUGUUGUAGCUCUGCCAGCAUGGCCGGACUCUUUUGGGUAUGUGCAGCCAGGCCGUUGUUAUUUCCACCGUCCAGCUGGAGUCAUUACAGGCCAGAACUAGUGCCCCAAUCAAGGAGGGGUGAAUGUCUAAUCCACCGAACGCCGCGCGCACACACACGCAAC